AUGGGGAGGCACCGAGAGGAGGCGCUGACAAGCGCCGGAUGGCAUUGGCUAGCUCAGGGCCGGGCUGACGGUGACGGUCUGAUGUUGGUGGUUCAGUGGGUGAGCUCAGCAGUCUACAGCUGUUCGUGCUACCUGCAAAUACGCACAGAAGUUUUCCAAAGUCGUACACGGGAAUACUCCGUGCUGCUGUCGUUAGAGUCAGACUCAGACAGAGUGACAGACGACCCUCUUCCCUGGUGGCCUUUGGCUUGGCGCAUUGCUUCAUUCUUCUACCUUACAUCGCCGCUUGCCUUACGCACGGCAGUCGACAGGGAGCAAGCAACAUGUUCCAGUGCUCAAAAAUCCGAGACCUUUUUCAUGGAGUUGGCGCUGGGCACUUGGGGCAAGUCGCGAAAGGGAGGGCGCACUGUCCACCACACAAGAAGCCGCUGCAAAGUGGCUGAAUUUCCAUGGGUGUCUGAGAUGGGCUACCAACCGUUGCAGACGCCACCGCCCUCGUCGAUUCGUCCGUUGUGCUCCCUUGGUGCUUGGAGAGUCUUGGGGUCUUGGAGUACCUAUCGUAAGGUAGGUAUCGUCGGCGCGUGCUCUGCUCUUGCUUCUCUCUGGGUCGAUACAUUGCACGUUGUGCGCCGUCUCGUGGAUGGAAUCUCCAUGCUGGCUCCUGAGUAG